AUGACUGACCACGAGGUUCCAGCAGUGAUGGGCAUGCAGCACUCCAAGAAGCGGCAAUGGAGACCCUAUUUGCUCGUUGUUAUGAUGAGCAUUAGCCUUGGAGCCAUGUCGUUUGGAUAUUCCUCUGGUGUUAUUGGAGCAACCAUUGCGCAACCUUCUUUUAUCGAGUAUUUCGAGCUUGGGACGAGAUCAAACGCAACUAGUCUUAUCUCAGCUAUGAAUUCACUCUUCUUUGCUGGUGCGGCCAUCUUCAUCUUGACAGUUCCCUUCUUUGCAGAUAAAUGGGACGAAAAGCAGCCGUUGCAGUGUACAUAUAUGAUGAUCUCAUCGGUGACGCUGUGGAUGACAGAGAUAGCACCUCCCUCAAUCCGUGGUGUUCUCGUUGGUCUUGUCGGAGCAAGCUUGCUAUUCGGAUACUCAUCAUCGGUUUGGGUGGGCUACGGAUUCUAUUUCUUCAAAAGCCCAAAUGCCUGGAGAGUCCCGUUCGUGUUUCAGGGCUUUCCAUCACUCAUAUUGCUCGCUCUUCUCUACUGGCUGCCGGAAUCUCCCCGCUGGCUUAUGCUACAAGGCCGCGAUGACCAGGCCAGGGAGAAUCUACUAAAGCUUCACACUCCAGAAGAAGUGGAAGUUGAAUUCCUACAGAUUCGCACACAGGUUGAAAUCGACAAGACUCUCCCAAGCUCAUACUGGGUCAUGUUUACGAAUAAGAACUACAGAAAACGAACCCUUAUCGGCAUGGGAACUUUUGCCAGUAUCCAAACAUCUGGAAUUCUAGUCAUUAACAACUACGGUCCUAUGAUCUACGGCGCACUCGGCUUCGGAGUCGAGACACAGCUCAUCUAUGCAGCUGCUUGGCUCACCUUAGGUUGGGGCGGUGGCUGCCUGGCACUUUUUGUCGUUGACAGGAUUCCAAGACCGAAAUUCAUCGGCUACGGUCUCCUUGCUUGCCAAGCAUGUUUGAUAAUCGAGGCUGCAUUGGUGGCCAACUUUGCCGGCUCAGACAACAAGACAGCCCUACGAGCCUGUGUCGCGAUGCUCUUUUUGUUCGUCUUCAUCUAUGAGUUUGCGUUAGACAGUGCCCAGUUUGUUUACCUGGGUGAACUGUUUCCUACUCAUAUACGAGCAAAGGGUGUCUCGCUGGGCUGUGGAACGCUAGCACUGAUGAACGUCAUUUGGCUAUCUGUAGCACCCACUGCUUUCAACUCGAUUGGCUGGAAGUUCUAUCUAUGCUUCAUCAUUCCAGGAUGCUUUUGUGCCGCUAUGAUCUUGUACUAUUUCCCUGACACACUGGGUCUACCUCUUGAAGAGGUCAAUGCUAUUUUUGAGGACGAGUAUAGAGAGAGCAUUGCUGGCAUCGAGGAGGGAAAUGUGAAGGGGUCAUUCUCAGACAAGAGCCCUAAGGAAGUGGGUAGCAAUGAGUAA